AUGGGUCAGGUUCUCUCCAGCGUAAUCAGAUGUAUAUGUGGUGAAGUAGACGAUGAAAAUCCAAGUGAGUCAUCCCAUCAAGUUUUUCUGGCAAGUCAGGUAUCAAGCAAUAAUAGUUGUCCAUUGCUUCAACCCCCACUGUUUUCUCCACCCUCCAUUGACUCUUGCAGUGAUUCAUGUCCGGUUCUUACAUUGAACCCUCCAUUUAUUGUAAGCAUACAUGGGGAUUCAAUCACAAACGAUGCUUUCUAUGAUCAAAAGCAGCUAGAUUUUCGACGGUGCUUGGACGACUCACACAGUGACCCAAGCACAAAUGGUGUAUUUUUCCAAGUUCUUAGUUCAGCACCAAGCUCUGUGACACUGAGCGAUUCACCAGGAUUAAUUGAGUCACUGAGCGACUCAAGCGAACUAGGUGAGUUGAUGAUACCAAGUGUAGACUCACUAAGUUCUUCUGGUUCUAAUGACCCAUUUGAUUCAACUAUAGUUGUCGAUAUGAAAAUUCAAAAUGUGGAAGAAAAAAGAGAAAUUACACAAGCUCUGUCACAGUCACAGCUAAACUCGAAAGAACUAGGAGGAGAAGAUGAAGAAACAAAAGAAGAGAAGGUGAGCGAUGGUGUAGUGGAAAGAGAGAGAUGGAUAAAGCAUUAUAGUAGUUACCACAAAAUACUAUUAGUGGGUGAAGGGGAUUUCUCAUUCUCAACUAGUUUGGCCUUGGCUUUUGGUUCUGCAACUAAUAUGACCGCUACUUCUCUUGAUUCUGAAGGGUUUUUGAGCAGAAAUUAUUGGAAUGCUAUGGCAAACAUCCAGAACUUAAGGAGUAGAGGGUGCAAGGUCAUGCAUGGAGUAGAUGCUACUGAAAUGGCAAACAAUUUCUUGUUCAAGGGAGAGAUAUUUGAUCGCAUAAUCUUCAAUUUCCCUCUUGCUGGCUUCUUCCCGAAUGAAUCACGCGAAGCCCAGCAAAGCCGACACAAAAGACUUGUAGGCCUGUUUCUGGAAAAUGCUAGUGAGAUGAUCAGCGAAAAUGGUGAAAUUCACAUUGCCCACAAGUCAAAUGGCUUCUUCCGUGAAUGGAACUUACCACUUUUGGCAUCUAAAUGCGGCCUUCUACUUAUAGAAGAGCAGCAUUUCGAUUUCGCCGAUUAUCCAGGAUACAGAACCAAAUACGGAGAGGCAGAGGCGACUCAUCUUUGCAAAAAUGCUUUACUGGUUAAGCUCACCGGUUGUCUCCAGACGAGUUAG